GUGGCGCUUUUACGUCCAUCCUCGCUUUUUGAUCGUGAGCUAUCAAGCAUUAGCAGAGCGCCCUUUUCAUUAAGGAACAGAUUAAACAAAGCCAAUGUGGUGGUACUGAUGUGCUUCGACAUCGUGGGACACAAAUUGAGUGGCUGUCAGUGUGAAAACAAUACCCGGAAUUAGGCUUCAAUGGUGGACAAAAGACAAUUUAACGAUCCUCUGCUGCUUCUCAACGGCAUGUAUGUAGAACUAACGUCUCAACUUCUGAAUGUGUCCACGAACCAUGGACCAGUCAUGGAUUGGUGACUCCAGAGAAAUUGGAACCAGUUUAUUGUUAGCCUUCCAUAGUGGAUCCCUCUUCGCCCAGAGAAUUCGUCACCGACACGCAUCCCACCAUUGCCAAUAUUCAUGAAGUCUAGGGUGCCAAAAGGCCAACCAUAAAGAACGCUACCUUCCUCUAGCCUUUGGAACAAAAGCAACAACAAAUACUUUGUGCAUCAGCGAGUUUGUGUGGACGUGUCACUCCUUAUCGGAGGCUAAUGCACUACCAGUUCAUCCAGUAUUGAGACUGCUUGGCACACUCAAAAGCCGGCAAGGUGAUUAGUGACGGGGUUUACAGACCUUUUGUUGUAGAAUCGCCUUCAUUAGCAAUUGGACGUGCGACUGGGAUUUACAUGUUUCAACAGGAUCAGUGACUACUGCACACCUCGAGCAAGAGUGGAAAUCAAGGGACAGAUCUGGUCAGACCAUGCGGCUCUUCAUUCAACCAACACCAGGUCAUUCAAGGUGUGAAGUGAACGCCAAGGGGAAGUGAAAAGGAUUUUCUUGAAUUACUCCGCGAGCUCUUGGGGAAUCGACGUACGUCAGUAGCGACGGCGAUUGACCUAUGAGCUCGAUCAAUGACCCUCCCACGUCCCAAUGUGGGAUUGUGGGCGUGGCUGCUCCGGCUGUCUCGCUCAUCCCGUCGCCCUCUCCGUCCGCCAUGAAUCUCCGGCCACCCGCCCUCCGGACUAAAUUGGGUUCUCUUAGUCAGGAUUCGAGGGAUUCGCAUGGGUCCUCCCUAGGAGACGCCCAUAGCUUAACUCAGUCAGCCAGUGGUUCCACGGCGAGGUUGAAUCCAAUUCAAGCCACCAUCAACGCCCAUUCCGCACCUGACAUGGAACAAGAAAACAUCGACCUGGACCUCCCCUACCGGCCUUUACGCUCUUACCUCCAGCCUCACGAUUCUUAUGAUUCUGCCACCACCUCGCCUUGCUUCCGGGGGUCACACGAGUCUGUCAAGUCUGAGCGGCUGCCGUCGGGGGCGUUGCCGAUGACGGUCCUCGCCGCUCGACCCCGAAGUAGCGGAGUGAUACGGCAACAUUCCCAGCCCGAGACUUGCCUACAUAUCUGUACUUAUCAUAAACAUCAUCAUCACCAUUCACCUCAUUUAGGCCAUGAGAGUGGCCCCACGGCCACCCGGCCCCACACGAUAUCACAAGCACAUUCCCACGGAGGCGGAGGGGCUGGCGAAGGAAUUGCCAGCAUAGCAGCUGAUACCCUAAGAAUCAACGGAGCGCUCAAACAGUUCAAACAGUUGGAAUGGGACCCUAAGAAGAUUAAACAAGAACAAAAGGACAAGGAACAAAGAGAGAAGCUCUUGCUCAAGUCGUUACAGAACCCCAUUUCGACCAAACUUCGACGUCAAAGGCUUCAACGGGCCCAAACAGUGGGCACGCAUAAUACGAGCCAGGGCUCUGAAGAUAACAGUGAACAUCAUCUGGUAAUGGUUCAGUAA